AGAGGGCGUGGUUACUGAGCGUCACGUUCAGUGUGUCUCCGCUCCCAAAUUCCCCAAACUGUCGCUGUCACAAAAGCUUCACGACGUCUCUCAAACUGGCUCUGAGAAGAAAAAAUGAUUAUACGUUUCACGUUUUUCUAGCCAUGUCCAGCUCGCGCUGCUUUUCUCUCUGUAGGCUCGGAAACUCGAAAUCGAAAGGUAACCAACGCGCGCGUGGAGCAUUUUAAACUAGGAUUAAAUCAAAUUACUUGUUUCAGGAGGGAAAAAAUAUCAAUCAAAGAAACCAGGAGAACUUGUGGAUACUGUUGUGCUUUGGUGGAUUUUGGAAUUUUAUUUCUGGAGCAGGAAUUUCCUCAGCUUCUCCAUCUGGAAAAAGGCGCGUGAAGCACCUGGGCAGAAGAAGGGCUCGUGAGUGGGUGAGUGCGCGCGCGCUCCCACUCUGUACUCCUUCACAGGACGAGAUGCGACUGCAGGUGCUCGCGCUUCUCCUCCUUUCUCUGCAAGGAGCUGCUGUUCAAACUCAACAAGUUUGCUCAGGGACCAGUAAUGGUCUCAGUUUUACAGAAAGCUCUGCGCAGCACUACAAUAACUUGAAGAAUCUCUACAGUGGCUGUGAGAUCAUCAUUGGCAACCUGGAAAUCACCCUGAUGGAGCGAGACUUCAACUUCUCCUUUCUUGGAACUGUUCGGGAAGUGACAGGCUACGUCCUCAUUGCCACGAACCAGUUUCACCGGCUUCCUUUGGAGCAGCUGCGAGUGAUCCGUGGCAACACGCUGUAUGAUAAGGAAUGGGCCCUCUCUGUCUUCCUCAACUUCGAUGGCGAGUAUGGACUGGUGGACCUGGGCCUCACUCAUCUCACAGAGAUCCUGGUUGGAGGAGUGCAGAUUGUUAAUAAUAAGUACCUGAGCUACGCUCCCUGGAUCAACUGGCAGGACAUAGUGAGAGACAGCAGUGCACUCAUUGAGAUCACUGGCAAUGGUCAAAAAGCGCCAUGUCAUCCUGACUGUGGUGGUUACUGCUGGGGUCCAAAUAAGGAUCAGUGUCAGAUCUUGACUAAGACGGUGUGUGCGCCGCAGUGUCACGGCCGCUGUUUCGGUCCCAGUCCUCAGCACUGUUGCAACACUGAAUGUGCAGGAGGCUGUUCAGGGCCUAAGGAAACUGACUGUUUUGCAUGCCAGCAUGUGAGCCAUUUGGGAGCAUGUGUGCCUCACUGUCCACAGUCGCACAUCUACAACAAGCACACUUUCCAGCUGGAGCCCAAUCCAGAUGCCAUGUACCAGUACGGUUCAAUCUGUUUGCACAAAUGCCCUGAUCACUUUGUUGUGGAUGGCAGUGCAUGUGUAAGUGCCUGCCCUCCUGAUAAAAUGGAAGUCGAGAAGAAUGGCACGAAGCACUGUGAGCCAUGCAAUGGACUCUGCCCAAAAGUGUGUGAGGGCACAGAUCCCAGGAAGAGCAACAGACAGACAGUGGACUCCAGUAACAUUGAUAGUUUCAUCAACUGCACUAAGAUCCAGGGCAGCCUACAUUUUCUUGUCAUGGGUAUUAAUGGGGAUGUCUAUAAUAAGAUACCUCCUCUAGACCCAGAGAAACUCAGAGUCUUCAGCACUGUAAGAGAAAUAACAGGAAUUUUGAAUAUUCAGUCUUGGCCCGCAGAGCUGAAGGAUUUGUCAUUUUUCUCCAAUCUUACCACUAUACGUGGAAGGUCGCUUCACCUACCCUUCUCUCUGUUGGUGAUGAAGGUGGACUCUCUGAUGGCUCUGGGUCUGCGUUCUCUGCGGGAGAUCAGCGAUGGCAGUGUGUACAUCAGCAAUAACACUAACCUAUGUUACCAGCACACCGUGAAGUGGCAGCAGAUCUUCACUGGCAGCCAAAUUAAGCGCCGACGCACUUUAAACGACAUCAAGUUCAACAAGCUGCCGAGCCAGUGUGAGGCUGAGGGUCAUGUGUGUGAUCCGCUGUGUUCCAACUCAGGCUGUUGGGGCCCCGGACCUGAUCAGUGUCUUUCCUGCAGGAAUCACAGUCGCCACCAUACCUGUGUGGCCCAGUGUAACAUCUUCUCUGGGGAGCCACGGGAGUUCGCAGGACCAAAUGGGGAGUGUCUUGCCUGUCAUCCUGAGUGUCUACCACAGGAGGGGCGAGAAACCUGCCAAGGAGAGGGAGCGGAUAAGUGUGCAGCAUGCGCUACCCUAAUGGAUGGUCCUCAUUGUGUGUCCUCCUGCCCUUAUGGAGUGACCGGAGAGAGGGGACAGACCAUCUUUAAGUACGCAGAUAGUACAGGACACUGCCAGGCCUGCCACCCGAACUGCACAAGCGGAUGCACUGGCCCAUAUUUGAGAGAUUGUAUGGAGGCUCGUCUAACAGCGGACAGUCCCCAUACUGCAGCUAUAGUAAGCGGAGUGUUGGCUGGUCUCAUCGUGUGUUUGGCAGUCGUGGUGAUGGCGUUGCUAUACCGCCGUGGCCUGGCCAUUCGCCGCAAGAGAGCACUCAGGAGAUACCUGGAGAGCGGCGAGAGCAUCGAGCCACUGGAUCCAGGUGAGAAAGGAACAAAAGUUCACGCUCGCAUCCUGAAAAGUUCAGAACUACGCAAGAGCAAACUUCUGGGAUCAGGAGUCUUUGGUACCGUACACAAGGGUUUCUGGAUACCUGAAGGAGACUCGGUGAAGAUCCCUGUUGCUAUAAAGACCAUCCAAGACCGCAGCGGGCACCACGCUUUCACUGAGAUUACAGAUCACAUGCUGUCUAUGGGCAGUCUGGAUCACCCAUAUAUCGUGCGUUUGCUCGGAAUCUGUCCUGGACAAAGCCUGCAGUUGGUCACCCAACUCAGUACUCACGGCUCCCUUCUGCAACAUCUGCGGCAAAAUGCAAACAACCUGGACCCCCAGCGCCUCCUCAACUGGUGUGUGCAGAUAGCCAAGGGCAUGUACUACCUAGAGGAGCAUCGCAUGGUCCACAGGAACCUUGCUGCUCGGAACGUGCUGCUGAAAAGUGACUACAUUGUGCAGGUUUCUGAUUUUGGCGUUGCAGACCUGCUCUAUCCUGAUGACAAGAAAUAUGUCUACAAGACUCCAAUAAAAUGGAUGGCAUUAGAGAGUAUCCUGUUUAGAAGAUAUACUCACCAGAGUGACGUCUGGAGUUACGGUGUGACAGUGUGGGAGAUGAUGUCAUACGGGGCGGAGCCAUACACGUCCAUGCAUCCUAACGAUGUGCCGGGUCUGCUGGAGAAGGGCGAGCGUUUGGCCCAACCGCAGAUUUGCACCAUCGAUGUCUACAUGGUCAUGGUCAAGUGCUGGAUGAUUGAUGAGAACAUCAGGCCAACCUUUAAAGAGCUGGCUAAUGAGUUUACCCGAAUGGCAAGGGAUCCACCCCGCUACCUUGUUGUCAAGAAGGAUCAAAAUAGUGCUGCGGCAGAUGAGAGCCAUCUGCGAGAGCCUAAGCUAGUGGAGGCUGACCUUGAAAGUGAAGAUGAUGAAGUGUUGGAUGAUGGUUUCGCCACUCCUCCUCUCCACAUGUCUCCAUCAAGGAGUCACUCCCGCAUGCGAAUCGGCUCCUAUAGGAGCGCCUCAGGCCAAUCUGUACCAGUGGGAUAUCUGCCCAUGACCUCGAAUGCUGGCGAUGACCUCAGACAGCUGUGGUCCCAGAGGAAACGUCUAGGCUCAGCGAGAACCACGUCUGAAAGCUCAGAAGGCAGGGGCACUAUGGUGGACAUGGAAAUGUGCGAGAUCGUCUCUCAGACAGGAAGCCUACGCAGGGGACGCAGCCGAGGAGACAGUGCAUACCUGUCCAAUUGUGUGUUUGUCACAUCUGAUGGCCUUUCACCGGGAACAGAGGUGGCCGAGGAGGACACAGAUGGGUAUAUUCUACCGAGAAGUGCCCACAAUUCAGGAAGAGAUGAUCUGGUGAAUCGAUCCAGUUCCAGAGCCAGCCUUCGACACAACAGGGCAGCCAAAAAUGGGAAAAGUCAGCCGCACACUAUCUCAGAUCCAUCACAAGAGUAUGAGCUGAUGAGCAAACAGCCCGCUGCACUCCUUAACUCACCAGGAGAUGGCAAUGGCAAUGGCGCGGCCAAUCUUCCUGUCUCCCGACAGUCUCCCUGUGCUGAUCUUGUGAUCUGCAGUGGCAGCCUUUCACCACAGGAGGCUGUCCAAACACAAAAUGGCAUUGAUGAUGAAAGUGAGGACAGGCUUGUGCCAGUUCCAGCAGACAAUGAAGGAGCAUCUGAAAAAGAGCCUUGUGAAGACAGUGCUGAAGUUGGCACAGCUCCGGGGGAAGGGCAGCCACAGCAGGCUGUGGUUGAGUACGAAUACAUGGACAUAAGAAACGAAUCAAUGUUAGAAAAACCCCACACCAGUUCACACAAGCCCAGAGAAGAUGCCAUCUACCAGAACACUCAUGAGCUAUCUGCUCCGAAGGGGAACAACAGAAGGAGCUGCAAGGCAGAUGAGGACGCAGCCAUCACUGAGCAGCCGGAUGAAUACGAGGACAUGAAUGCAUGUGGGAAGGUUUGUACAUCAGGUGUUCGGCUUGAGUACCAGAACUUUCCAGUCAAGGGGAGAAUGGUGUCAGGAGAAGAGCCACACAGAGUUACAAUGAGAGCCUUCAGAGGCGCAUGUGCUGGUGUGGAUGAAAAGAACAGCAACACGUCUUUUGACAACCCAGACUACUGGCACAGCAGACUGUUCCACAAGCAGGAUGCUGUAUGCACAUAGUAAAACAUCAGUGCAUAAGUCCUGAACUGUGGCAGCUGGUUUGCUCACCAGAGACCUAAUCUUACAAAGUGUCUAUGCUGUUUCCCAACCAUACAUUAGGAUUUAUAAAUUGGCAUAGAAAUGUACGUACUGUCUCACACAUACUCUUGAGUACUCCUGACUAUUGCGUGCGAUUUGGGGAGUAAAAAUAUGCCUCUCUUUGAAUUCAGUACAUUUGUGAUUAAAGUUGAAUGUUAAUGAAAGAUGUUUAAUACUCUAAUCAGAGUUAAAUUCGGGGUCAGUGAUUUUUAAGUCAGAACACUUUUUGUAAUACCUGGGAAUACCUUCUCCUCACAUUCUGGCAGCUGUCAAUAAAAUAUCUACUCAGAGGAGAAAAAAAACCUCCAGUCUCUGUAAACAUGGAUCACUAACAUCCAUGCGAUCAGGACAGGAUUGCUUGCCUGUCAAUCCUGUUGCCUGACAAAUCAGAAAUUUAUACUACCAAUUACACCCUCCUGCACCAGCGUUUCGAUUUUCUAGCCUAUUUUUCAGUGUCAAAACAGCUAGGUUAUGCUAACUUCUACUAAGGAGUACUUCCUUGCUAAUAAUUACAUGUGAACACCUUUUUCAGUAAAGUUAUAUGUGUAUUUUGUGCUCUUAAAAGUUGCGUAUUGAUGACGCAGAACAACUGAGAUUAGAUGUGUUGCUGUUUUCCCAUUGGCAUACAAAGAGCCACGUUUUAAAUUGUGAAAUUAUAAUGUAUUUUUUUUUUCUUCUGAAACAUGACUCAGGCAAUAAAGACUGUAAGGCUGGACUUUGGUAUAACCAUCAGGAUUUGACUGUAAAAAAAAUUUUCCUCUGCCUAUCUGUGCACUGCGAGAUAGUCAAAUGUCAGAUGUAUCGAGGAAGGAAGAAAUCAUUGCAUUUUCCAAGGAUCUAAGGAUUUUGUCUUUUAAUUGAUUGAUACUGAUAUUGAUACUUUGCAUAAUAUUCAUAUAUAUAGGUUCAUAACUAAAUGGGUAGAAGGUCAGUUUUGAGAGGUGUGACUAUAUGUAUAUGAGAUUAUACAUAUUUAUAGACUGCCAGUCAAAAGAGAUUUUUUUUACAUUUUAUUACAGUUUACCCAGUCUUGGCAAUUAAAUAAUUCAAAUAUCAUAAUUUUUGUAUGUAAGGGCAUCUUCAUUGUCCACUCUCAAUUUAAUGGAAAGUUACUGUAAGACUGUAAGUUACUGUAAGCCUACAUUUAUCUAGACAGCUUUGGAAUGAAAAAUAUAUGUUGUGUGCUACAAAUGCCUAAUUAGAGUGAUCCAUAUUGGCCUUUUCCAAUUAGAGCUAGAUUUCUUUCCCAAUAAAAUAAAGUCACAAAUAUUUCUAAUUCUUAAUUGGAUUUACUGAUUCUAGAGUAUUUAUCUCGAUCUCAUUUCUUAAAGUUUCACCAAAAUGUUAAUCCAUGGUCUUCACUCUUGACUGGCAGUGUAUACAUACAAAAAUAUAUAUAUAUAUAUAUAUAUAUUUUAAAAAUACAAAAAAAGAGAACAAAUUAUGACGACUUCACCGAGGAUACUCACAUAAUCUUGUGCUGAUUAGGAUUACACUGUUCAUGGGACAUGACACAUCAUUUUAUAAAUCUGAAACUAGUCAUCCAUAUACAGAGUCAUCCACGCCAUUUGUACGUACACAAUGGUUGAGGAUGAAAUCAACGCAAAGUUUUAUACACCAGACCCCAGGUUUCUACGGGUUUAUCUAACUAUGUGAUUAUUCAGCUAAUACUGUUUCGAGAAUGAGAAGACAAAAUGGUAGCAAGUGUGAUGGCCAGUUAAUGGGACACCUAUUGUGUGUGUGUGUGUGUGUGUGUGUGUGUGCAGUUACGUAGUAAGCAUGAAGUGUAAACUUUUGAAGUUUUAUAAACUAUAAUGUUUAUAUGUGUUUUAUAUGUAAUGAAAUGCCAAGUUUUGAUAAAUCUGGAAGAAAUUAUAUAUUUUUGUCUUUGUUUUCCACACAUGCUGUCAAUAUAUUAAUAAAAAAUUUACUGUAUGUUCAUAAAGUGUAAAGUUUAAAUUUCUACAAAUUUUUCCUUUUCUGUCAGAAAAAUAAAAUGGGACCUUAACAUAUAUGUGUGUGGCCUGUACGCUCAAAUAAAUACAAUACUAAUUUGACAUCA